AUCCUUCGUAUUCAGAAGACGCGUUCCAAUAGUCAAGCUCUGUUUUUCUCUCAAGCACCUUCAUAUCAUCAAAUUUUCGUGUCCAUUUUGUAUUCUGAUUUCAGAUUAAUCAACAAGAAAUGGCUAUGCUUCUAGAUCCCCUUCUUUCCGAAUCCAUCUCCACACUAACUACACUGGUAAUAUCUGUAGUACAAACCACAGCCAAUUUCAAGCCCGAACUGGAGCUACUCGGUUUGACCUUGCAGAGAAUCAAACCGAUCAUUGACGAAAUAGUGAAUAUGAAACGGAAAUUAGAUCGUACAGAGCUAGAGUGCAAGAUGUUCAUAGAAGAAAUCCAAGAAGCCGAAAAACUUGUCGCCGAAUGUUCGAAAGUAAAGAGGAAUAUCAUCAAGAAGUUCACUUACUCACUGAAGCUAAAAGUCCUCAACAGUAAGAUGUUAAGUUUCUUUCAAAUCGAAGUUCAAGCAUCCCAGAGUCGGGACAUUAUGCAUAUUCUUUCAGUGGUCAACGAUAUGAAAUUAAAAGUGGAUCGUAUUUUUGAGGAACAGAGAGAUACGACACAGAGAACAGGUUCGGUUGGUAAUCAUCGUGGGUCUGAAAGCACAGAACGAGAAAAGUUUGGUUGGCGUGUUCCCAUACUUCCAAGUUUGAUCGUGGCGUUUGGUGAGCCGCUGGAGAAGCUGAAGGCAGCGGUUGGUGAUGAUCAUCCGGUGCUGGUUGUGGCCGCUCCUGGUGGAUGUGGGAAGACUACUUUGGCGAAAAUGCUAUGCCAUGAUGCUGAAAUUCGAGAAAAAUUCGGGGAAAAUAUCUUCUUUGUGACAGUUUCAGAAACACCCAACUUGAUGAUGAUUGUCAGCGAUCUCUUUAACCCAAAUCCCUCCGAUCCGCGACUUCUGUUUCAAAGUAAGGGAGACGCAAAGAACAAACUCGAGAAUUUUUUGAAUGAGAAAGCGUCAGAUCCUAUGCUUCUAAUAUUGGACGAUGUGUGGUCUGAUUCAUUUAUUGAACAAAUCUUUCCAUCCAACAUUAGAGGACACAAAAUUCUUGUCACAUCUAGGACUGCCUUUCAGAAGUACAAGACAUUCCGAUUUGAACCUUUGAACGAUGAAGAUGCCAAAAGUCUCUUUCGCAGUUCAGCAUUCACUGAAAGCGGAAGUAGACCUAGUCCAACUAUUAAUGAUGAUCUUGUAAAUCAGAUGGUACCAUGGUGUAAGAAACAUCCACUUACCCUUUCUGUGGUCGGCCGAUCUUUAAAUGGGAAGGAUGAGUUAGUUUGGAAAUCUAUGCUAAAAAAGUUGUCACGGGGUAGGUCAGUACUAGAUCUACAUGAGGAUGUAUUUAUCGGUUUAGAAAGAAGUUUUGAGUCCCUCGAUGAGGAAUUAAAGCAAUGUUUCCUGGACUUUGGGCUAUUCCCGGAAGAUCAGAGGAUCCCCGUUAGCGUCCUGUUGAAUAUGUGGGUGCAUUUGUAUGACCAUGAUGACGAAGGUGUUGAUACCAUGGCCACUAUCUUUGAACUUUCCUACAGAAAUCUUGUCGAUCUUAUGACCACAGGUUUUAGGAAUGAUUCUAGUGCAAGAGUUAACUAUUGCGACCAGCAAUUAGUGACACAACAUGAUUUGCUGAGGGAGCUUGCUAUUCACCUCAAUAGCAAAUUACCCUUAGCAAAAAGGACAAGAUUGAUUAUAAAAUGUACGAGGAGAUGA